UGAUUCAUAGACACAUCUUUUAAGUAGAUUUCUUGUAUCAGACAGACUUGUUCAAAAAAUAAAUAUUGUUGGAUAAAAAUGGUGAGUGUUGUGGGAGAGAUGUUUUGUAAUCCGUACACGACGGAGCUGGUGGUGAGAAGGCGGCGUGAGAGCCUGAAAAGGGAACGCUACGACGUUUUUGAUCUCUCUGACAAUCUCAUCUUCACCGUGGACGGUGGCAUUUGGAACAUCCGCCGAAAACGUGUCCUCCGUGACGCCACCGGAAUUCCUCUUCUCUCCAUGCGUACCAAGGGACUUGUAACAAUGAGAUACAAAUGGGAAGUAUACAAAGGAGAAAGCACAGAAUCUGAAGAUCUUCUUUUCUCAGCAAGGGAACCAAAUCUAUUAUCCUUCAAACCAUCACUUGAUGUCACUUUACCGCCACCCCAAAAUUCAACGGACAUUAGUAGUAUUGCGCCAGAUUUUCAAACAUUUGGUCGUUAUAUCGGCUCUUCUUUCAAACUCUUCGAGCCAAUUCACAAUACUCUUCUUGCUGAGGUGGUUCAUGAUUUCUCAUGGGGAGGACUUAUAAAAGGGAGUUACAGCUUCAAAGUGAGAGUGAAUCCAUAUGUCGAUUUCGCAUUUGUGGUGGCGUUACUUGUAAUCACAGAUGAUACUUCCAAUCUACCCCGACCCGAGAAUUGGCUUUCCCACACGGAGGGGCAAUGCGACGGCGCAAUCUCAGCAGAGCGUCGUCCAGCAACAACGUUACCGAUCCGUGUGACGGUGAGAGAAGUGUUAGAGUACUCCCUCACCUGUGUGAUUAUCCCAUUCGCUACGGUCCAAGCGUGGAUCCAAGAAAUCGAGGUCGCGGCGUCGCAGCCUUCUGCGAUUACGGUAGAUCCGAACGAAACGACGGAGAGAGGUACGAAUUCGAACGAGGAAGAAGACGGAGAGACACCUCCGGUGAGUACGCGCAUCAAAAACUGGUGCGGCGGAGGGCCGUGGAACCAAUACUCCAGAUCUGGGGUUAAGAUCUGGUGCACAGAUUUAACGUCGCGAGAUCUCAGGGCUUCAUACAGUUUCAGAACCACGUCUCGGUUCUUGAUCUCUGAUUCCGCCAGAGUAUCCAGUUCUUGGCGAAUUUCUGGAAUCGAAGUGAAUUAUCAGAAGAAGAAAAUGCUGGAAGAUGAAGAAGAUUAAACGAUUCUUUAAGGGAUUUUGAAAAUGGUAAUGAUAAUUCUGGGAUUUAUAUAGCCGUGGCUAUGGGGUUGGGUUUUGAUUCUCUGUAACCCAUCCUAUUUUUAAGGCUUUUGGAUAUUUAGCUUAAGAUUGACACGUGGCGUUAUGAUAGUGGGUUAAACUGGAUUGUGGGACCCGAAGAUAAAGGUGUUUGAAAGUU